UCCGUUUGUUUCCGUUGUAUAUCAGUGUACAUUCUUUUAAACUGCAUUGCCUAUGGUUUGAAAACAUUGUUACAGGAGGAUCUUGACUGAAUUUAGCAUGGCUGCAGUGGACAGCUUCAGUUUGUUGUACAGAGAAAUUGCUCGAUCUUGUAGUUUUUAUUAUGAGACCCUCGCUUUGGUGGGUGUUUUGUACACGGCCAGCAAGGCGGUCGCUUUGUUGAGAAACUGCUGCUCGCUUGUCAGAGUGCAUUUUCUCCCCAGGAUUUUUACCAACAAAAAGCUAAGCCACAGAUUUGGGGAUUGGGCUGUUAUUUAUGACAGUGCAGCGCCUGUGGCUUUAGCUUAUGCUGAGGAGCUGGCCCGUCAGGGGGUCAGUAUAAUCUUCAUUACUGUGGACCCCAACGCUGCUAGAGACACGGCUGCAUUCCUGCCUCAAGCAUAUGGAGUGGAAACAGUUGUUAUCCUUGCUGACUUUUCCAAAGACCAGUCUGCUCUCAAAGUCAUCCAAGAGGUUAUUAGGGACAAAGAUAUUGGUUUUCUGGUGAACUGUGUGGAAGAGGCAUUGACUCAGCCCCAAAACCUGAUGGAAGUGAACGAGGAGAGCCUGAUGGGAGCAGUGAAUAAGAAUACUACAGUGAUGACAUUAAUGACCCGCUUAGUGCUGCCUGGGAUGCUGCAGCGGAGUAGAGGAGCUGUGGUCAAUAUAACAACAGGAGCCUGCUGUAAACCUCUGCCUGGGAGAGUCAUGCUCACUGCCUCUAUGGGUUACUUGGACCAUUUUUCUCGAGCUCUAUAUCUUGAGUACAGCAGCAAAGGAAUAUUUAUCCAGAGUCUGACACCUUUCCAGAUUGCCUCAACCAGACGAAACCUAAAAGAGGGCUUGUUUGUACCAAAACCACAAGUUUAUGCCCAGCACGCCAUUUCUACUCUGGGUGUGUCCAACUGGACAACUGGCUACUGGCCCCAUACUCUGCAGUACGGCCUGAUCACGUGUAUCCCAGACUGGAUAUGGAUUCUUGGAUCACGGCUGUUCAUCAGUUAAUGAGAAGAACAGAGGACAAAGCACAAACUUAUUAUGAUGCACUAAACAUUCAUUAUUAUGUAUUAAU